UCUGGUUGUUACUUCCUUCUCUUCUUGUUACAAUCUCAUUAUAAGAACGAAGAAAUAUCGAGGAAAUGCUAUCCUCCGAGACAUAAUUAUCUUCUCUAUUUUACUUGCUCUCUCACUUCAUUCUCUUCCUUGAAAACCUGACAAAAACAAUGGGUAACGUCUUCUCUUUCUCAAUCUCAGGUGAUGAUAUUUUAUCUCGUUGCCUGAAUUGCUUGUUUGCGGAAACUGCUUACAUAAGAGACCUCGAAGACAACCUCCGUAAAUUGCAAGCGGAGAACCAAAAAUUGAUUGAAGCAAGUCACGAUGUAACGACGAGGGUUAAGAAUGCUGAAGACCAACCUGAAAUGAAAAUGAAACGGCUUGACAAAGUGCAAGGCUGGCUUUCAAGGGUGGAAGCGGUGGGAACUGAAGUUGAGGAGAUAAUAAAAGAUAGCUCUCGAGAAAUCGAUAGAUUAUGUCUUGGUGGCUAUUGUUCCUGGAACUGCAUAUCCAGCCACAAGUUUGGAAAAAGAGUGGCUGAAAAGUUGCGAGCUGUGGCCACUUUAAAGAGUGAAGGAGAUUUCAAAGAUGUAGCUGAGAAGGUACUAAAAGAUUCUGUGAACGAAAUACCAAUUGAUCCAAAGAUAGUUGGUAUGCAAUCCAUAUUUGAUAAAGUGUGGAGAUGCCUUGGAGAAAAGCAAGUGGGAAUUACAGGGCUACAUGGCACAGGAGGAGUUGGUAAAACUACACUGUUGACUCAGGUCAACAACAACUUCUGCAACGAACGAAAUGAUUUUGAUGUUGUGAUCUGGGUAGCGGUGUCUAAAGACCACCAAGUUGAGAAGAUUCAAGAAGCGAUUGGGAAAAAGAUAGGUUUUUCAAGCGAGUCGUGGAAGAAAAAAAGUCUCCUUGAGAAAGCUCAGGACUUGCUCGAGAUUUUGAGAAAGAAGAAAUUUGUUUUAUUAUUGGAUGACAUUUGGGAGAGAGUUGAUUUAACCAAAGUGGGAAUCCCUCAUCCAGAUCCAAACAAUGGAUCAAAAAUAGUUUUUACCACUCGUUCUGUUGAGGUUUGUGGCCUUAUGGAAGCUCAUAAACAUUUUAGAGUGGAGUUUUUGGAAAAUGAACAAGCAUGGGAAUUGUUUCGAUCAAAGGUUGGAGAAGACACUCUUAACAAUCAUCCAGAUAUUCUUGAAUUGGCCAGAAUUGUAGCCAAAGAGUGUGGUGGUUUACCGCUUGCACUCAUUACUAUUGGUAGAGCAAUGGCUUUCAAGAAGACACCUGGAGAAUGGAGCCAUGUCAUUCAAGUCCUACAGAGAUCAGCCUCUGAAUUUCCAGGUAUGGAUAAAGUGUAUCCUCGUUUAAAGUUUACUUACGAUAGUUUGCCGAACGACAAAGUUAGAUCUUGUUUCUUAUACUGUAGUUUAUUUUCUGAAGACUAUAAAGUUGAUAAAAGGGACUUAAUAGAUCGUUGGAUAGGUGAGGGAUUUUUAGAUGAAUAUGAGGGAAUUGGAGCUCGAAAUCAAGGAUACCACUUUAUUGGUAUUCUUCUUAAUGCAUGUUUAUUAGAAGAAGUAUCCGGUGUUGAUGAUAAAGUAAAAAUGCAUGAUGUGAUACGUGAUAUGGCUUUGUGGAUAGCAUGUGAAGUUGAGAAGGAGAAGGAAAGCUUUCUGGUCCAUGCAGGUGCCAGACUAACAGAAGCACCAAAGGCUGACAAAUGGAUAGGGGUGAGAAGGAUAUCAUUAAUGGCAAAUGAAAUAGAGAACCUAUCAGAGGUUCCUACAUGCCCUGGCCUCCUCACAUUGUUUCUGAAGGACAAUAGAUUGAAGAUGAUAAAUAAUGACUUCUUUCAAUCUAUCUCUUCUCUAAAACUUUUAGAUCUUUCAUUUAAUCUCGAAGUUGGUUUCACUACAACAACUUGAUCUCUCAUGGACUGAAUUAGAAGAGUUGCCAAAAGAGUUAAAGGCUUUGGUUAAUCUUAAAUGUUUGAACUUGGAGUUCACCAAUCAUCUUCGUACGAUUCCGCGUAA